GGCAAGGGAACAUGGCUUAGUGGCACGUAGUCCUAGUCCACUUUCUCUGAGGUAAAAUGAGGGGUUAAGUACCAAGCGGAAGAGCAAUAAACCUGUUUAGAUACAAGCGAUGUCAGGGCAGCGCUUCAAUAAACAACAUAUUUCCCUUCACCCCUUCCCUCCUGUGCAGCUGGGACGCUGACCUGGUCAAGGCUGAAAUGGAAGCGGUGCCUCUUCGGACAUGAGGCCAAAGUCCCCAAGGGCUCAGUUGACUUUGGUGGAGUUACGCCACCAGCAGAGAAUUUAGCCCAAUGUUCCUUCUACAGAGAGGCUCCUUUCCAGUUCUCUCAGGGGAAUUAGCCAGAAGAGUUUUAGACCCAGAUCCACAAAGGGACUUGGGUGUUGCAGCAUUCAGCAUCAUGGCACCUAACUUUUAGAUGCCUAGAAAGUCACAGGAACAACACAGCGAUCCACCAAUGCAAUGAAUAGGGAGAGACAGGCGCCUUCAAAUGGGAGCCACCAACUCCCGAAUGCUAAGCACGGAGCUGCCCAAGCUAGCACAGAUGGCGUUAAAGGCAACACCCUGAUUCGUAUUGGCAGUGCACCCAGCAUUAGCGAACUGCUCUCUGCCUGUGAGUCCUUCGAGGAGAUCAUUGUCGCAAACUAUAUGGAUCGGAACUGCCAGGAACUGCAGAAAUGGCUAAAGAAAGAGCCGGGAGCAUUUGACUGGACUCCGCUGGUGAAAUACGUGUGUGAGCUGGAAGGGGACAGGAAAAAGUGGGCUGAGAAGGAAGAGAAAUUACGAAGAACGAUCAAGCAGGUUCUGGAAUGUGAUGUCACCAAAUUCAACCCUGUGACCUUUGCCUCUCUGCCCCCUGCUGACUGCCUGUUCUUGUACCAUUCUUUUGAAGCAAUUUGCAAAGACCUGAGUACCUACCGAGCUGCCCUGAAGAAUGUCAGCUCCCUGUUAAAGCCAGGGGGUCAUUUGCUGAUGGUGACCACAAUGAAGUGUAGUCAUUUUGUAGUUGGCCAACACAAGUUUCCCUGCCUCUCUCUGGAGAAGGAGUUUCUGGAGGAAGCAGUGAAGGAGGCCGGUUAUGAUAUUUUGCAGUUUGAGGUGACUCCCAUAUACCAUACAGCUAGUUUGGUAGAGCAUGAGGGGAUCUCUUACCUAGUUGCUUCCAAAGGGAAGGGCAAAGAAUAUGAAAAAGAAAAUACAUCAGCCCAAGGCAAGUAGAGAGGCAGAAUAGAUUAGCUGUAGAUGCUGGUAGACCUGAAAAUCAAUGUGCGCUAUGGAGCUUUGAUGACCUCCAAGCACCUUGGAGAACCUGUUUGUUCAGGAUGCACUAGCUUGAACCCCUUGUUGUGCCACUAAAGCUGCCCUCAUCUCUGUCCUUUCCCAUUUAGAGCUGCCAUAAUGUCUCCCUGGCCUCCAACCCCACUGUGCUUCAUCCAGUCCAGCUGCACCCCACCGUGCUUCAUCCUCUCCCUGCUCUUGCCAUGUUUUGCCUAGUUUCAUGCUGCAGAUGUGCAAUUAAUAAUAAUUACAUAAUGAAUCAUAUAAAGUCCUUCUCACUGCUAAUGGACUGGAGCCUGCUCCCAGUAGUCAGUGGCAAAACUCCUAUUGGCUUCAGUGGUGCAGCACUGGGCCCAAUCAGUGCUGGAUUUGGAAUUAUUGAUGGAUGAGGUUUAGAAAGAGGAUCAAAACACAUCUACAGGCCUAACCACCGCAGACCUUUAAGAACAGAGGUUCUGCCCCUGAGCGGAUUCUACAUUCAAAUUCCACAAAUAGCUACAUUUGAUAAUGGGUUGAGCUACUCCUUUCUUACCACAAAUUUUGGAACUCACAGCCAUGUCCUGUGUUUCGCUUUAUGCCUUUCUAUGCCAACUGCACGAGACUGUGAACUGCCUGGGGCAGGCUUCAUGCCUCCUUGGGAGUCUUGUCUCCCGGCACUGAGAACAUGGCUCACACUGGACACAUCGUUAUCAAUAACGGCAAUAACCUCACUGUGAUUUUAACAUUGAUCAGUUUGAACUGAUUGGCUGGGGCUUGACAGCUGCAUUGGCCCAUGGUGUUGGAUGAAUGAUUUGUUUUGGUGAAUAAUUGUAAUCUCCACCCAAGCGGUGCUUGCCUAAUAAUGAUCUGUUUCCCAUACGCAAUAA